AAUAGAAAAGCCAUUACACUGAAGUGGUAAAGCAUACACCACACCAAAUGUUCCCUACCACUUUACUUUCUCUCUUCCUCUUGCCCUUUCUCACUUCGGGUCUAUCGAACCCGGACCCGGAAACCAUCGAAGCCUUCCUCCCGAAGGCAUCACCGGCAGCAACAAUUCCGGCAUUCCCAGAACAAUCCGACGUCGCAGGCUGUCCAUUAAACAUUCCCGAUGAGCUUUUCCACAGCGUAAAAUGGGCAUGUGGAAAUGGCAGAAGCGGGCAGCUAGAGAAAAGCAGAUGCUGCCCGGUUCUCGCAGCUUGGCUAUAUGCUGCCUACUCCGCCACCGCUCUCGGGCGAGUACGAGCAUCCCCGACGGCGUUGUCGGGUCAGUCUUAUGAGCUACCAGUGCUGCCGGAUGACUCGGAGACUUGUGUGGAUGAUUUGGGUAAGGCGUUGAGAGAGAGAGGGAUAGAGUUGGGUCGAGCAAAUGAAAGCUGUGAUACUGUGUAUUGUUAUUGCGGAAUUAGAUUGCACCCAUUGAGUUGUGCUCAAGCUUUUUAUACUGAUUCCAACGGAAAACUCGUCGGAGAUAAAAGAAUUCGGAAGUUGGAAAAAGAUUGUUUGAGUCCUGCUCUACCCGCCUGCUCCAACUGCUUAAAAACCCUUCAUUCGCUUAACAAAAACUCAAGCAAAUCAGACGAGAGGACCACAAAAAUGCAUAAUAAAGAUUGCCAGCUGAUGGGUCUAACAUGGCUUUUAGCAAAGAACACAACAGCUUAUAUUCACACAGUUUCCGCAGUAUUAGGAGCUAUCAUGACGAACGGGGACGCCUCCUCUUGCGGUCUUGGUAGGGAUGGAUUGCCGCUGGCCGUUGAUUCGUCUCAAAUUCCAAAUCAUUCUUCGUCAAUUGCCCACCAACUGCCUUUCAUUUUAAUUUUUUUGUUAAAUGUCGUUCUCAUUACAAGCUUUUAGACGUUGCUUGUUGUAGACUUGUAGUAUGUUCUGUUCUGUGUUAUGGCAAGAACAAGUUCAGUUGUGUUCUACUGUAUGAUAAUGUAUGGAUUUGGGAGAAUCACAAACACAGUAACUGUACUAUUAAAUCAGAAGUGGAGUUGGGUCCACCAGCAUGUGAUCAAAGGAGUGUUGGUCUUGUCUCGGAGAGACAAUCUGUGGCUGUUUUUGUUUGGGUAAGGAUUUUAUUUCAUUCACGGGAUCCUUCAUGCUAA